GACCAACUUCCACUUGUGAAGCCGUACUUGCGUCAAGUGCAGACGCAGAACAACAAGUCAGUGAAUGAGGCGUUGAAUCAGGUGCUCAUUGAUGAAGAAGACUACGCGGGCUUGCGAGCUUCGAUCGACGCUUAUGACAAUUUUGAUAACAUUGCACUGGCACAACAGCUUGAGAAGCACGAAUUGCUUGAGUUCAGACGCAUCUCAGCUUACCUCUAUAAAGGCAACAAUAGGUGGAAGCAAAGCGUCGAGUUGUGCAAAAAGGAUAAAUUGUAUAAAGAUGCAAUGGAAUACGCAGCAGAAUCGCGACAGCCUGAAAUAGCUGAAGAGUUAUUAGCUUACUUCUUGGAUAACAAGUUGCAUGACUGCUUUGCUGCAUCGCUGUGUCAAAUGUAUGACCUACUGCAUCCGGAUGUUAUUCUUGAAAUGGCCUGGAAGCAUAAGAUUAUGGAUUUCGCGAUGCCUUAUAUGAUCCAAGUGAUGCGCGAUUAUCACAGCAGGGUGAGAGCGCACAUAUGCAUUUAUUAUCAUGAAUGA